AUGAGUGAUAACACCGACGACUACUCAUACGACUACGAGUACCUAUACAAGAUCGUUUUAAUCGGUGACUCCGGUGUCGGUAAGAGUAACUUGUUAUCGCGUUUCACUAGAGACGAAUUCAACUUAGAGUCCCGUUCGACCAUCGGAGUCGAGUUUGCCACAAGAACGUUGGAGAUCGAUGGCAAAAGAGUCAAGGCACAAAUCUGGGAUACCGCUGGCCAGGAGAGAUACAGGGCCAUCACGUCGGCAUACUACAGAGGAGCUGUGGGUGCCUUGAUUGUGUACGAUAUUUCCAAGACAGAAUCGUACGAGUCUGUCUCUCGUUGGUUGAAGGAGUUGAAGGAGCAUGCUGAUGCCAACAUCGUCAUCGAGUUGGUUGGUAACAAACUGGACUUGGACCACUUGCGUGCGAUCCCUACCGACGAGGCCAAGAGCUUUGCUACAGAGAACAGCCUUUUGUUCACAGAGGCUUCUGCCCUUUCUUCCGAUAAUGUGGACUUGUCUUUCCACCAGUUGUUGAAGAAUAUCUACGAGAUGAUCAGCAAACACCAGUUGGACACUGACGAGAAGAUGCUGUCUGUCAAGCCAUCGGGCGGACCUACCAUCAGUUUGACUCCUGCUCCGCAGGAGAAGAAGAGUAAGAACAACUCCAACUGUUGUUAA